AUGGUCACUGUAAGAUAUGUUAUUGCUCUGGCUGCUUCUAGACACUGUUUGAUCUGCCAAAUAGGUGUGCAUAAUGCCUUCCUCAAUGGUGAUCUUCUUGAAGCUAUAUACAUAAGGUUUUUGCAGACAGGGGGAGACUCAGAAGAUGAGUUUCUAAAGGAUCCUAAUAGCUAUCAGAGGUUGGUAGGUAGAUUAUUGUAUUUUACCAUGACCAGACCUGGCCUAACUUUUGCUGUGCAAGUCCCAUGUCAAUUCAUGCACAGUCCAAAGACAUCUCACAUGGAAGCAGCCCUUAGAGUAGUGAGAUACACAAAGGCUUGGCUUGGUCUUCUGACGCCUGCCAACAACACAAACAAGCUGAUAGCCUAUUGUGAUACUGACUAA